CUAAACACUUCUAUAAUAUAUAUCUUUUAUAAUAAUAUACUCACUGUAAUAUUAAAUCUAUUAUAAUGACAUCAUCAAAUUCAGUUAUUUAUCCACGUUUUUUAAAAGCAGCACAUUUUCCACCAACUAAUUAUGAAGAAAUGAUGGUCGAUAAAUUACCAUCAAAGAAAUUAGAAUUAGAAUUUAUUCAUGGUGCUUCUAAAAAAGGAUGUAAAGGUUGUUAUUUUCAUAUUAAUGAUGAAAAUAAAUUAGUAUAUCCAAGUGCUGCAUGUGGUAUUGUUUAUGAUCCUAUAAAUAAUACACAAUCUGUUUUUAGAAAACAUGAUGAUGAUGUUGUUACCAUUGCUAAACAUCCAAAUGAAUAUAUAUUUGCAAGUGGACAAAUAGGUAAAGAUGAUAUGAUAUAUAUAUGGGAUAGUCAUGAUAUAAAAGAACCAAUUACUAAAUUAGAUACACAUUUACAUUUUAAAAAUGGAGGAGUAUUAGCAACUAGUUUUUCCAAUUCAGGAGAAUUAUUAGUAACAGUAGGUGGUAAUGAUACAUCAUCUAUUAUAUUAUUAUAUAAUUGGAAAAAGAAUGAAUUAAUUGCAAGUACAAAAUGUUUAUCAAGUGAAAUAUUUGAUUUACAAUUUUCACCUGAUGAUUCACAAAUUUAUAUUUGUGGUAAAAAAGUAUUAAAAAUUUAUAAUACUAAAGAUUUAACAUUUAAAUCAGGUAUAUUUGGAAGUAAAGGUACUUUACAAAAUUUACAUUCUCUAUGUUUUAAUAUGAAAAAUCAAGAUGCCUAUGUUGGAUGUGAAGAUGGUUCUAUUUAUUUAUUUAGAGAUGGUAAAUUAAUUAAUACUAUAAAUGGACAUCAUGGUAAUGUUUUUACUUUAUAUCCAUUAUAUGAUAAAAAUAGUAAAUUUAAUUAUGGUUUUAUUAGUGGUGGUAAAGAUGGUCAAGUUAAAUAUUGGAAAUUUAAUAAUUCAUUUAUUGAAUGUUAUAAAAGUAUUACUAUAAAUGGAUUUGUUAAAAAUAUAACACAUUCUAAAUAUGAUAAUAAUGUAUAUGCUAGUAAAGCAAAUGGUGAUUUAUAUUUAAUUAAAGAAAAUGGUGAAAUUGAAUUGUUAUUAAUUUCACAUUUUGGAACCAUGUUAAAACAAUUAUGGGGAUUAGAUACAUUUAAAGAAUUACCUUUAUUUGUAACAUGUUCAGAUGAUGGUAGAGUUAUUGUAUGGAAUUGUGAAAAUAGAAAACACGCCUCAUUAUUAAAAUUAAAUUCAUCAUUAGAAUUGAGAGGUGUAUGUGUUUCACCUUCAAAUGAACAUGUUGCAUUCACUUCUAAAGAAGGUCAUUUAUUUAUAUAUGGUUUUAAUUUAGAAAAUUAUACAUUUACAGAAGAACCAUUAUAUACACGUAAAGAUUCAAAUGAAGAAAUUACAACUCUAUCUUAUAAUCAUGAUGGUACUUUAUUAGCAGUUGGUAGUCAUGAUAAUUAUAUUUAUUUAUAUAAUUGUUUAAAGAGUGGUAGUGGAGAUUAUAAAUAUAUUGGUAAAUUAAUAGGACAUUCAUCAUUUAUUACACAUUUAGAUAUUUCCAAAUGUGGUAAUUAUUUAAAAAGUAAUUCAGGUGAUUAUGAAAUAUUAUUAUGGGAUUUAAAUAGUAAAAAAUUAAGUAAUUGUUCAAAUAUAGAAAAUAUAGAAUGGAAUUCAAUGACAUGUCCAUUAGGAUGGACAGUUAGAGGUAUUUGGAAACAAGAUUUUAAUGGAACAGAUGUUAAUACAUGUCAUGUUGAUUAUGAAAAUGAAUUAAUUAUAGUAGGUGAAGAUACAACAAUGUUAUCUUUAUAUCAUUAUCCAUGUCCAAUUAUUAAACCAUUUGGUUAUUCUUAUAUUGGUCAUUGUAGUCAUGUUACAAAUGUUAAAUUUAUACAUUAUAAUAUUGAAAAUGAAAGAAUUACAAAAUUAUUAUCAUGUGGUGGUGGUGAUUUGACUAUAUUUCAAUGGAAUUUAAUUGAUAAUAAUGAUCAAUUAGAUCAAUUAAAUACAUCUACAGCAUUACCUUCUCUUAAAAUGGAUAGUAUGAUUGGUGGUGGUUUAUAUAACCCUAAAUCACCACGUGGUCAAUCUGCUAAUUUAUUAGAUUCAAUGAAUCAAAAAUCACCAAGAGGUAUUUCUACUACUACAACUUGUACACCUGGCCAAAAUGAAGCUAAUGAAUUAUAUAAUCCAAAUGUUAUUUUUGGAAAUUUCAUAUCAACAUCUGAAUACCAUGGAUUUUUAUAA